CCAGUGUUGGUUGGAUAGUGUGUGUACAGAGGUAGAACAGUUCAUAUUGAGGUGGCCUUGUGCUCUCAAGUUUUGUCUAAGCAAAGUAUAAAAAAAGGGAAAAUAAUGGAUAGAGCUAGGGUUUGUGAACAUUUAUGCAAGCUGAACGAAAAUAUUUCGAUCGAAUCUGCAAGUUUAAUGCAAGUAUUGUUGAACAAUUGCCAUAAAAUUAAAGAAGAGAAUGAAAUAUCAUUUAAUGAUCUCGAUUUGGGAAAACUAAAUAUUGAUUCUGAUGUGGAUACAUAUUUAAUAUUGAAUUUUCACUUCUUGAAUGAAUUAAAAUCAUCUCUAAUGGCAUCUGAUGAUGCAUUAAAUGUUCUUAGUUUACAACAAAAUAAAAUGAUUCGCGAUGCAUUGCAUCAGUUGAUCAUAAUUGGUAUUCGCUUCAAUUUGCAACCGAAGCUACCGCAAUAUAUUAAACCCAAUCAGUCAUACGCCUCCGAAGCGAAAACGUUGACAUCUUAUUAUAAUCGCUUAUGCUACACAACACGCUUCUUAAUUUCAUUGUUACAAUGCGAUGGUUUGCGCCCGCUUAUUGUCGUUGUUGGAUUUGAUGCGAUUUUGAACGCUAUAUAUCAAAUAAUAUACUGCCCGCUUAAGAAACCCGGAGACUCAUCUGGAGGAAAUCUCAUUACACAAGAAUUAUAUGAUGGAUUUAAACAAGACCAAUGUGAGUUUUGCCAGUUGCUAGAUCAUUGCCAGGAGAUAAUGCCUAAAGAAAUAUUUAUAAAAGAAACGAUGUUAUUAUUAAGAUCUGAAUGUCGAUGGUUCACUGCUGCGGUGAAUAAGAAUUUGAACAAAAUGUUGACUGCUGAAAAUGGAUUAAUGUUAAUAACUAACGUCCUAAUGGAACCUUCGAGGGACUAUGAAUCCAAUGAUAGCACCAAGAAUUGGAAGACUAUUGAUGUGCUCACAAAACUGAUUAUCGGCAUGAGAACCAGAUAUGGUAUUAAUGAGUCUGUUAAGCAGCAACUAUUGAAGCUUGUAUUAGAAGGCGAUGGAAGUAAAGGUCCUUUUGAGAUGAUAUUUGUUUCAUGUGUAAAAAACUUCUACCUUGUCGACAAGGAAUUAUGUAGAAUCGAUCUGCUUGCACCUGUUUUUGGCUUAAUAUUACUGCAGUUAAUUAAUGUGGACGAGAUAGCCAUGGCUGUUAUACCUUUUGAAGAACAUUACUUUUUAAACAAAAAGGAGGAUGUAACGGAUGCUAUUCAACGAACAAUGCGGCUGUUAAGAUUGCUAUUUGUUGAAACUACCGUAGGUGCACCCGAUUUACCCAACUGCGAAUUAUCGAUUUGUAUUGAUGCAAUUUUCCGUAUUUAUACGGCGACAACACAUGGUCGCUCCUUCAAUGCGACCAUUGAGGCUAUCGUGCAAGAUAUGGAAACGAUCUUAAUAAAUUAUCUUUGGAAAGCAUCUAGAGGAAUUGGUUACAACGAUGCAACAAUAUUGAAGAAAAUUAAUAAACACAUAUUCGAUACAUGUUUAUGUGGUUCCAGGGUUACGUUUUUCUACCGUGGUGUAGAUACGCGAUUGAGGCCACAUGCAAUCUUUUUAUUUAACGAAUUUUUGUCAGUAAUAUUAGCUGAUAAUAAAUUUUUUGUUUCUCUAUGUCCGCAAGAUAUUGCAUUAUCGAAUGAUGAGACUCUUCGAGCGCAGGCGUUAUAUAAAUUACUGAAAAAGCCUGACACUCGUAUCAGCGACAAGUUUAAGAUGUCAUUUUUUCUCCGUCUUUUGACUCUCUUUAAUAAUCCUCCCGGAACUUCUCGGAAAGGACAAUCGGUAACAGAAGCCGAACGAAAGUUUACGGACAUGUCGAAGAAAUUACGCCUGUAUAAUCUGUUGACAGCGCUUGUAGAAGACAAGAACGUGCAGAAGAUGCUCUCAGAUGAUUCUUCGGAUUUUUUUGACUUUGUUGGCGAUGCGUUGACGAAGGCGAUCCAGAGAGGGGAGUAUCGCAAGGAUAAUUGCGAGUCAUCUGAUUUCCGGGUAAUAUUUUUGUUGAUCACAAUCCUGCAAGCGUUGGUGACAACGACAUGCAAAAAGAAAUGGACAAAAGUUGCUGUUGUAUUGAAUCCAUUGCAAACGAUACGCGAUCGGUGCGUUAAUGACGAAUUGCGCGCCUUGGCGACGAGCGUUAUUGAUGCCUUAGAAGGCCGUGGAAGUGGCAUUACAGGUUCUGCCCAGGAAGAUGACGGUGAGGCUAAAUGCAAGAGCGAAUUAGAUAAAGCUAUCGACGACGUCUGUGAUCCAUUGCUACCGGUGCGUGCUGCCGGGUUAGUAACACUUGCUAAACUCGUCGAGAAUAAACAUCCUGACGUAUUGGGACGAAAAAUGUUCAUUUUAAACAUUUUUCAUCAAAACAUAAAACAUGAAGAUUCGUAUAUUUAUCUGCAAGCGAUUAAGGGGCUGGUGACGAUGACCGAUCUCUUUCCCGAUACGGUGUUGGAAAUUCUCGUAGACGAAUAUUCUGGCUUAGAUCAAAGUAUGGGCGGACCUGCGACGAGUCUUGAGACGCGCAUGAAGUUGGGUGAAGUUCUAAUGAAAGUUUCACGCAACUUAGGCGACAGGGCGCUACAAUAUAAAAGUCUUCUAUUGAAUACGUUCUUAUUGACCGCCAAGGACGACGAUCAUCUUAUGCGUGCGUCGAGCUUAUCAAAUCUCGGUGAGCUUUGCCAGGUCUUGGGCAAUAAACUUGGUACAAUUGUUAACGAAGUGCUGGAUUUGGUGCGCGACGUGAUCAUGACAGACCCGGCGGUGGAGGCUCGCCGAGCUGCUGUGACCGUCUUUCGUGGGUUGUUUAUCGGCCUUGGACCCAAAACGUUUCCAUUUUUUCAUGGUCAGAUUGAAGACGUUUACCGCUCCCUGCGAGAGAUCUACGACAAAGACGACGAUGCCGUUAUGCGAUUGCAAGCUCAACUUGCAAUCGAAGAGCUUCAAGCUAGCAACAUGGAAAGGUUUAAUCAACUUCAAUUAUAAACACAAAUGGAACUUUACUUUAGCAGUUUAUUUUUGUAUUUUUAUACAAAAUUUAUAUUUCUAGUAAAAUAAUGUAAUAAGUUAAAAAUCACUACGUCUACGUGCAUACACCCGUGCGCAAUUUGUCUCCAUUGAUUAUCAAAACAAGUUCUGUUUGUAUUUUUGCUUGAAAAUUGCUUUGAUGUGUGUUUCAAACUGCGCACGGUGCAAGCACACAAGUAAAAGUUAAACCACAACAAAUGCGCAUCACAAUUUCACCUACAUCAAACAUAAAUUUAAAAAUAAAAUAAGAGAAGAAA